UGGCCACUCCACACAAUGCAACCCUCUCUCGAAUAAGCUACCUUGCUAGUUUCCAUCAUCGUAUCUGUUAGUAUUUCCAAAUAUACACAUUUUCUAUUUUAUUCAUAGAAAUCUUUUACUUGAGAAGCAUUACAUGGCGCUGACGAUGAUGGCGGCGAUCGGCAUCGGCAUGAAGCAAGAGAAGAAGAUGCCGGCGACGCCGGCGCCGGAGAACGAGCUGAAGAAGCGGAACGCGGAGCUCGAGAAGGAGCUCAGAGAGAGCAAGGAGAGGGAGGAGCAGAUGAAGCGCGAACUCCAGAGCGCGUGGGAGAGGCUGCGCGUGGCCGAGGAGGCUGAGGAGAGGCUCUGCUCCCAGCUCGGAGAGCUAGAAGCAGAGGCCGUUUACCACGCGCGUGACUACCACGCGCGCAUCGUCUCCCUCAUGGACCAGCUCUCACGCGCCCAGAGCCUCCUCCUCAAGACCGGUGCCUCCUCCAUUUCGCUUCCUUCCUCCUCCUAAAUCAUAAUCACACACACACACAUAUAUAUACAAAGAUUGUAAUAAAUUUUUUUCAUUUUCUGGUCAGAGUCAUUGUGAUUAUUAGAUGUAUAUGAUGAUGAUCAUGAUCAAGAUGAUCCAUAUCGCCGUGGAUCGAAUGUGUUGUAAAAUUUUGGUGGAUGAUUGAGAAUAGUUUGAUUGGUUUAGAGAUUCGAGACCUAAUUAAGUAACGUUCUUCACGAGUUU